AGAAGAAUUUGUAACUAAAAUGUAACCUACAAAAGUCCGCCAAAACCCGGAAGAGUGAAAAAGUAUUCAAGAUCCUACAUUUCACGAUUGAGUUUCUUCUCUGUUCAAAACAUCAUCUUCAAUGGCUUCCAACAAAGGAAAGGACAUCCUGAUUGACCUCACCUGAUCCUCUCCUUCGGACAAUGGCGAUGAAGACGAUAGCUGCGACGAUUCAUCUUCAUUUUCAAGAAUGUGAGUCAAUCCACGAUGAAGAAGACGAUGUUUAUGAGUUGGAUGAUGACGUAUCCGACGAGAAUGAUUUUUCCGAUGAUGGCUGCAUUGGAGCUGAUUAUGACGACAAUCAGUCUCUCUCUAAUCGAGUCAUUCACUUUCUUCAAGGAAAACAUGAUUUGCAAGAGUUAAGCCUUAUAGCUUGCAAAUCCUAUUUGAGAAGACAUGACCUUAGAGUGUCGGGGAACAAGGAUGAAUGUAUUCGUAGGGUACAGGAGCACUGGAGUUUUGACAAAGUGACAAGGAAAGGUAAACUUCUUGGGAAAAGAACAAUUGCUGGACGAGUCGUAAAAGAAAGCUAUGGUGCAGCAAAGCAACAACAUACAUUCACAAUAAGGGCGUAUUAUUGACAUUACUAAGCCUAUGUAAGCCUCUAAUAUUAUGUUCAUUAUUGACUAUUACACUAAGAUCUUGUUCUCUCCUCCGCCUAGUCAAACAACUAAAAAGUUGGGAACAACAGAGCCUAAAUCUUAUUGCAAGUUCCUGGAACAUGAAUGAUGCUUUUAGGAAUAAAUUUAUAUCAUUCAUCUCCACUCAUCAAACCCUAGGGGAGUGGUAGACUAAUCUGUAUAAGGAAUACUUCUUUGCUAGUGU